AUACAACGAUUCACUCAUUUGUUUGAACUUUUUUGUUGUGAUUUUCGGUUUUCAUUUCAAAAAACUCAUUCAUUUCUGCCAUUCAUUCAUCUCUUAAGCCGUUGUCUUAACCCAUAAUUGAGACAAUUAUUAGUGUUUUAGUAAUAAAACAAUUGUUUUGAUCGAAACCACAAUAUCUAUGGAGGACUUUGAGAAGAUCGAGAAGAUUGGCGAAGGCACUUAUGGUGUGGUGUUUAAGGCGAGGAAUAAGAAGACCAACGAAUUGGUUGCCCUCAAGAAGAUCCGUCUGGAGAAUGAGGACGAAGGCGCGAGGAAUAAGAAGACCAACGAAUUGGUUGCCCUCAAGAAGAUCCGUCUGGAGAAUGAGGACGAAGGCGUGCCCUCCACUGCCAUCCGAGAGAUCACUUUACUCAAGGAGUUAAUGCAUCCAAACGUUGUCCGUCUGGAGGACGUGAUAAUGCAAGAGAAUCGACUGUAUUUGGUGUUUGAGUUCUUGUCGAUGGAUCUGAAGAAGUAUUUGGACUCAUUUCCCAACAAUAAACUCAUGGAUGAAAGUCUAGUAAAA